UUUUCUUUUGCUAGUCUGGCAACUUAAUCAAUCGGACGUUUAACAAAUUAUAAGUUGUGGUUGCAUCACAGACAUAUUUGAGGCAUUAACUAUGGCCCUUCGUAACUGGUUUUCACUUCCCGUCGUUAGAGCCGAUGACGAAGAGGAUUUGGUUGAUCCUCAAGCCGCCCUAAGGGAAAAGUGCCAGGCUAAAGGUCAUAUUGAAUCCUUGUACAACAAGUACCAGGAGUGCAAUGAUCGUGUGAAUGGGCGAUCGAAAACAACUGAAACGUGCAUGGAAGAAUUAUUUGACUAUGUCGCUGAAUUGGAUCAUUGUGUUGCCCACAGUCUUUUUUCAAAACUUAAGUAGCUAACGAUUAAAGCAAUAUCAUAACUAAGCGUUGUUUGAAAUGCUUUACAAUUAGAAAUUUAAUAAACCAUCCUCCGGAUUUAA